AUGUCUAUAACCCAAAACCUCACCCUCUCAAUCUCGUCUUCUUCCUCUGCUUUCUUAGCUCCUUCCAAUUUCAAUUCAAGGAGUCAGGUAUCUUUGCAAGCUAAGAGCCCCAGCAUUUGUAAAUGCAUCGCUACACCCCAAGAAGUUGAGACUGCCUACAAGACAAGGGUCUCUCGCAAUGAAAACUUGGGUAAACUUCAAGCUGGUUAUCUCUUUCCUGAGAUUGGUAGAAGAAAGUCUGCACACUUACUGAAGUACCCCGAUGCAAAAAUAAUAAGCCUUGGGAUUGGUGAUACUACUGAACCCAUUCCUGAAGUCAUAAGUUCUGCAUUGGCAAAGAAAUCACUUGCAUUGUCAACCUUGGAAGGAUAUAGUGGUUAUGGAGCAGAACAGGGUGAAAAGCCACUAAGAAGUGCAAUUGCUUCAACAUUUUACCCUGAUCUUGGCAUAGAAGAUGAUGAUAUAUUUGUUUCAGAUGGAGCAAAGUGUGAUAUAUCUCGUCUCCAGAUUGUCUUUGGUUCAAAUGUGAAAAUGGCCGUGCAGGACCCAUCAUACCCGGCCUAUGUAGACUCAAGUGUAAUUAUGGGCCAGACUGGUUUGUACCAGAAGGAUGUUCAGAAGUUUGCGAACAUUGAAUAUAUGAAGUGUAGUCCAGAAAAUGCAACAAGGGAACAACUGGUCCAACUAGUUCGGUAUGCUAAGGACAAUGGAUCUAUAAUAAUACACGAUUCAGCAUAUGCUAUGUAUAUGUCUGGUGACAACCCGCGCUCCAUCUUUGAAAUUCCUGGAGCCAAAGAGGUUGCCAUUGAAACUUCAUCAUUUAGCAAGUAUGCUGGGUUCACCGGAGUCCGAUUGGGUUGGUCUGUGGUUCCAAAAGAAUUACUGUUUUCUGAUGGAUUUCCUGUUGCCAAGGACUUCAACCGUAUCGUAUCUACUUGUUUCAAUGGUGCAUCAAAUAUUUCUCAGGCUGGUGGUCUUGCAUGCCUUUCACCAGAAGGCCUUAAGGCUAUGCGCGGGGUAAUUGGAUACUACAAAGAAAAUACCAACAUAAUAAUGGAGACAUUUGAUUCUCUUGGGUUUAAAGUGUAUGGAGGGAAAAAUGCACCGUAUGUGUGGGUCCACUUCCCAGGCCAAAGUUCAUGGGAUGUGUUCAGUGAGAUUCUUGAGAAGACGCAUGUAGUUACAACUCCUGGGAGUGGUUUUGGACCUGGUGGUGAAGGUUUUGUCAGGGUCAGUGCUUUUGGUCACAGGGAAAAUGUCUUGGAGGCCUGCAGAAGAUUCAAGGAGCUAUACAAGUGA